ACUUAAAUCACAUUGUUUUUGAAGCAAAAACAAACGUAACUUAUUCCGAAUUUCCUCCAUUCCAUAAUUUAAAAUUGUCCGUGCGAUGUCGACCAACUCGAAUAAUUUUACCCCGAAGGCGAGCUCCGUGAUUUUGGCCGGACUUGGAGUGGCCGCCGUGGGAUUCGCCGGCAAGCACCUAAUCCGCCGGAUGCCCCAGAUGACCACGAAGUUCAACGAGGCCCUCAAGAACCUGCCCAAGUUUGAUGCGGAGUCACUGGCGUCCUCCAAGUACUACAAGGGUGGCUUCGAUCCCAAGAUGAACAAGCGGGAGGCUUCACUCAUUCUGGGCGUCAGUCCCAGUGCGUCCAAGCUCAAGAUCAAGGAUGCCCACAAAAAGAUCAUGCUGUUGAACCAUCCGGAUCGAGGGGGUUCCCCUUAUUUGGCGGCGAAGAUCAACGAGGCCAAAGACUUUCUGGACAAAGCCAAGUAGACAAUAAAUCCCGCCUUAAAGUGCAAAUAAAGUAAUUUGUGAUUAGCAUAAAGAUUGCAUUGGCUGAAAUAAGUCCAUCACUGACAAGGAUCAAAACAAUUGUCUAAAAUUGUAAUUGUGCUAAAGGAUUUAUUACUCAGGAAUCAAAAAUGCAAUAGUUUCAUUUAUAUAUUCAUGUAUAUACGUUAAUUGAGUUGUUUGCGGGUGCCUUUUAUGGAAAAUAACAGUUUUAAAGGGCUUAAUAAAAUAAAAAGGAAUAAGCCUAUUGUUUUAAAGCAAA